AUGUUCAAAGACUUGUUUUCAGGAAGAAAGGAGAGUCCAACCAAAAGGCCACAAUCACCCCCGAGAGCGCCUUCGGAUAACCCACCUCCAUCCACUGAGCAAAUCCCGCUGCCGGGGAUGCGGCCCCUCAAUUUUGAGCUUCCCCGGGUCCUAGGACGGCCCUCUGCGCUAAUCAUAGUGGAUGAGUGCAUCGCGCAUUUAAAGCUCCUGGCCGCCUUUGCAGACCUUCGCGAUACUAUUUCCCAAUCAGAUGGCCUUUUCGGUCUCUACGAAGCAGAUCAUUUUCAUAUUCAGACACCAGAAGAGCAGAAAACGAAAAUCACUGCGUUGGUCAGGGAGAAGAGAUGGGGGGUAUAUGUUGCUCGGGCGGUCAGCCGAUUUGAAAAGUGGUUUUUUACCCUCCCAAUGGAUGGGCCUGGUGAAUGUCAGGGCGCGACGACGAUAGAUGAUGUUACUAGUAACCCAGAGUAUAAGAAUUUUCCACAAUGGAAGAACAUGGUCAUUUGGACCAUGGAUGUUUUGCCACCUUUGGACGUGCUCAUGGUGUGGCAUGCAUAUAUGCUUAAUCCGAGGGACUACCUUGAAGAUUGUCUCCGUCUCGGGAAGAUGAGUGUCUGGACAGCCGGAAUGCCAUGGGAAGUGGUGAAUUCUUCCAUAGACAGCUCUUCCUUCGAUUACAGGCCGGGUGACGGCGCACGGGAGAGAUUUGAAUCGAAAACGUCAUGUUCGUGGGAUAACCUUCACGAUUCGCCUUAUAAGAUUGUAGCUUGCCCGGCAUGCCAAACCAAUUUGCAAGUUCCCUGGGUGCAAGAGCGGCCUCAACUUGGAUCCAUCAAAGCGCCAUUCGAGAAUUGCACUGGUUAUGCCGAUAGAGGCUUCCAAAUUAUUUGUGCCAGGUGCUACUUUAAAUUUGACCACGAAAGGCUUCGUGUGGUGAAAUUCCUAAACGAUAUGGAGAAGCUUGCCAAUUUAAAAAUCCCAAUGCCCGGGACCAUCUUAUCGCUCAAAGGCGUGCCGCAAACACCGGUCCGCGCAAAGCACUCUGUCCUAUUUCCCAGCAAAUUAAUCCUGAAUUGUCUCCAAAACAAACUCCGCGCGGCCCUGAAUUUCCGAGAGAAUCCUGGUGCUUCGGUAUCAGAUAUUCGGGAUUUGAUUGAACAGGCCUUGAAGUCCCCUAGAACCAGAUCCACCGCGAACGGUUCUAUUUCAGGGCAGCUAACUAGGGAAGAGAAAAUUCCCGUUCGGAGGAUGAUGUCUCGAUAUUGGGAUAAUUCUUCGCCCUUCGCUCUUGACCUCAUUGGCGCCGUUAUUCGCCAAGGAGUUUUUAUUGGAAAGAUGGAUGAUAUCGAUUGGCUUCACUCCCCAACUCUUGACUUUACAAUGGAGCGCAUCAUCAAAAAAUAUAGGCGGUUCUUCCGGAUCCUACAUUCCAAUACCGAGGUCGUAGCUGUUCCAACCCUCGAUGUCGACCUGGCAUGGCACACCCACCAGCUCUCUCCCCAGCGCUACUUCACUUACUCUGUUACUAUGACUCCAGGGAAAUUUAUUAAUCAUGAUGACAAAAUCGAGUCAAGUAAAUUAUCUGACGGUUUUGAGCGGACCGCCAAAGCUUACGAGGCAGCUUACGGCGAGAUAUACAGCCAAUGUACUUGCUGGUACUGCGAGGCAAUCCGUGAAUCAAACGGUUCCAAUGGGCGCUUUUCCUCCAACCGGGAGAAUGCUAUCGCCUUCCACGAUCAACCAGACAUUCCUUCCGACCCAACCAAAAGUCCACAUAUCUCGGCGCAUAAUUCCAUCGAUACGCGUUUUCGAGGAUCCAGGGAUAUCAGUCUAUUGGAUCCGACGGCUUUGAAACUCCAAUAUGCCCAUCAACGAGCGACAAGACGCUGGGAGAAGCGUAAUAAGAAAAAGAUAUCCUUGGACACGGACAAUGAUACUGGAGCUGCAAGUAGGGCAUACGGUGCUAUGGCAAUGGUAUACGGGUGCCCUGUCUUCGUACCGCUUUACCUUCCUUAUGGGCCGGAUCCGUCCAUCAAUUGCGAAAUGUACUCGUGUAACCCGCUCUGUAUCCCCAUAGAAGAGGGUGAGCAUGCGGACUGUGUCUCUGGGACCUGUGCGCUCGAUGCAGUUUUGGGCGCUUGUGAGGCCGGCUGCGAUGGAGGCGGUUGCAGCAGUUGUGGAAGUGGAGGCUGCGGAGGGGGAGGUGGUGGUGGAGGCUGUGGUGGUGGUGGUGGUGGCUGCUAAGAGUAGCGGGCGGAGCGGAACGGAACUAUUUCACGCGGAAAUCAUGGCAUUGCCAGUGAUUCAUCUAAUGCUUCGUAAUUCAAAAUACUUCUUUAUCUUUUCCUCUCCUUCUUUCCCCUUUUUUUUUCUUUUCUUUUUAAUUUCCUUCUCUGAAUCGUUAUAUGUCGCUCGGACUAUCUUGGAGACCGUCAUCCCCUUAUUUGCCUGCGAAACGAGCUCCAAUUCACAGCCACGGAUGAUACUCCCGGGUAAAAAGCAAACAGCACACCUGUACUCUGUAGAAAUGCUGUGAAAUUGAUAAAGGAAGCUCAUAACAUCG